AUGUGGUUCAUUCUGUAAAUGCUAUAAUUUCAGAUCGCUUUUUCAUUAGAAACUAUAAUAGAAAUCUCGGAAAAUGCAAAAUUUUGGUCAGAUGUUUAAUUGAGUUCUCCAAAUAAUACUUAUCUACUUAACAUUGCAAAUACAGCCAAAUUUCCUUAUUAUGCCAUUAAUGUUGAACUUCACAAGCAAGAUGACACCUUUUCCUUACAUUAUGGAUUUGGAAAACCCCCAGAUUUUAGUUUAAGCUUGUCUGAAAUUUCAGAAGAUAAGGGGUUUGAUAUAUAUGGGUAUCUUGAAAAUAGAUUUACUCAUUUCAUCCUCUUGUCAAGUGAAGAUUUUCAAUCUCGAUAAGUUUAUAUAUCUACUUCAUCUGAAUGGACUUAGAAUUACAACAUUUCAGUUACUGCCACCAACACUAAAAUGUGUCCAAACAACUGCAACAACCAAGGCAGUUGCUAAGAUGGAAAAUGUUUAUGUAAUAAAUAUUACAUAGGGAAUGAUUGCCAUUAAAAGGCAACUUAUAUUCUAUAAAACAAAGAAAUAAUCCUUAAUUUAGAAAAUACUGCUAAGUAUGCAUAUGUAGAUUUGGAAGAAAGUGAAAAUGAAUCCAUGAGUUUAAUAGUUUAAACAAAUAGUUCUGAAGGAGUUUAUUGGUAUAUAAUGAAGACGAGAGUACUUUACAUACCUGCGCUAGAAGAUUUGAAUAGAAAAUAUUAUGAUCUUUUAGUUGAAGGCAAUGAAUUUACAUCUUCUUCACCCAUAGAAUUUGAGUUAAAAGACAGAAAUGAUAAUAGCACACUCGUUCAAAAAAGAAUAAGGUUUAUUUUCAAAUAGAAAUCUCUAGUUGAAUAAAAUAUUCAUAUUUCUUUGGACCUCAUCAAUUAAAACACAUAAAACACAAUUUCAACUACUACUGUAAUAAUUAUAGUUGCUUCGAUUGCUGGCAUAAUUAUGAUUCUAAGUAUUUCAUUUGCAAUUGGCAAAUACUUUAGAAACAAGAAAAUCAAAGAAGCCAUAUCUGCUUUAGCUAUGAUAAGAUAAAUGCAACAUGAAUAGAAAUACAUCGCAAAAAGCUUUGAUGAGGAAAUCUUGCAGCAACUACCUUUGAUCGAAAGCGAUCAAAUAAAGAACACAGAUGUCUGUCCAAUUUGCCUUGAUCUUUACACUAGUAAACCAGAUCUCAGAUCUACAAAAUGCAAACAUUUAUUUCACAAGGAAUGCAUUCUCGCAUGGAUAUAUAUUAACAAGAAUUGUCCAACUUGUAGGGCUGACCUAAAAAUACAUAUGAACCUUCAGAGAAAUCAAUAGCAGUAAUGA